UUUUGGUUGGAAUUGUAAAAUCUUGCGGGUACUAUGGGGCACUAAAAUAAAAACGGAGGGAGUAUGUAAUAUUCAUAAAAAGUUGUCAAAUUUUCUUUUUUCUUUUUUUUUUUUUUUUGAAGGGAAGUUGUCAAUUUAUUAAGGUAAUAUUAUGGUAAUAAACUUGAUUUAGUGAUAUUAAGGUAAUAAACUUGAUUUACAGCUUUCACCUACUAAGGUGAUGAUAUUGUGAGGCGUGCUCCGUCUCAUCGUCUGAAACCUGUUGAAAAGCUUGGGUUAAAAGUUAAAAGAGAGUACGCAUUUUGGGAGCGAAACAGAACAAACGAGAGUCGAGAAAGAGAGGCAGAUAACUGAUUCAUCAGUGUAAUCUAAUCUCAAAAUAAAGCUAGGGUUUUGUGAUUCAUUGCAAAAUCAAAAAUAAAAUUAGGGUUUUGUGAUUCCAUUAGAAAUCAAAAGAUGGCUCAAAGUGGAAAAGUAAUGCCAAAUCUGGAUCAGAAGAGUACAAAGCUGCUUAAUUUGACGGUUCUUCAGCGCAUCGAUCCUUCUGUUGAGGAGAUUCUGAUUACUGCUGCUCAUGUUACGUUCUAUGAAUUUAACAUUGAACUCAGCCAAUGGAGUCGCAAGGAUGUCGAAGGCUCCCUUUUUGUCGUUAAAAGGAACAAACAGCCUCGGUUUCAAUUUAUAGUAAUGAAUCGCCGAAACACAGAAAAUCUAGUAGAGAAUCUUUUGGGGGACUUUGAGUAUGAAAUCCAGUUACCAUAUUUAUUAUACCGCAAUGCUGCACAAGAGGUAAAUGGUAUUUGGUUUUAUAAUGCUCGUGAAUGUGAAGAGGUGGCAAAUCUGUUUGACAGGAUACUUAACGCUUAUUCUAAGGUGCCCACUAAGCCCAAUAUAGCUCCAUCUAAAAGUGAAUUUGAAGAACUAGAGGCAGUACCAACCAUGGCUGUUAUGGAUGGUCCAUUGGAGCCUUUGCCGUCAACUACCACAAAUGUUCAUGAUGCCCCUGAUGAUCCCGCCUUUGUGAACUUCUUCAGUUCAGCUAUGAAUAUGGGAAAUCCUUCAAUUUCUACAAUUACAGGACAACUCCAGAAGCCUUCUGUAACUGCCAUCCUUGCUAGUCGGCCAGUCAAUAUGCCUCCAAUGGUUCCAUCAGCACAAAUAGCAUCUAAUGCUACCUUAACAUCUGCUUCUUUGCUGUCUCUGCUUGAUACAUCAGAGCCAAACAGCAAUAACAAUUAUUUGACAAAUCUUGUUAAACCAUCCUCCUUUUCUAGUCUUCCUCCUGCCACCUAUCCAUUUAUGGCGCUGCCUGUUUCUUCAUCUGUGUCAACUGCUCCUCCGCUGCACCCUCCUAAUCUUCAACUUCCCUGUGUUGCUCCAGUCCACCAACCUUUUCCUCCCCCAACUCCACCCCAAUCUCUUACUCCAACAUCAGCUGCCUCUCCUAAUUUUGGGCCAGUCGUAAGCAGAGAGAAGGUUCGAGAAGCUCUAUUGUUGCUUAUUCAGGAUGAUCAGUUUAUCGACAUGGUGCAUCGAAGGUUAUUGAAUGCUCACCACUCCUGAAAGUUGCAAUUUCCAUGCCCUCCCCCCCUCCCCUCCACUCCAAGGCUCCUAGUGUGCCCAAGUGUUGUGUAUAGCAAUUUCGUGGACGAGGUGGAUUUGAUGGGAGACAUGGAUGCUGUGUAAAUUACAUUACCCGAAUUUAUUACAUUACCUUACCAAGCUGAUGUUCUAUAUUUGUUUAUGAACCAGAUAUGAUCUCAUGAUCUACCCCCUCCCUACCCCUCCACUCUUCCAAAAAGAGGGAAAAUAUUUUAGUUAAUUGUGUUGCAUAGCAUUUAAUCCUCAAAAGCUCUGUAAUAUCAAGCAAGAAACUAUUAUUGACAAAAUCGUACUUUAUGAAAAGUAAAUACAAGCAACAACUCACAUAUUACAACGCGAUAAA